AUGUCGUCAGAAGUCCUGCUGGUGUCCGCUCCAGGGAAAGUCAUUCUGCAUGGAGAGCAUGCCGUGGUCCAUGGCAAGGUUGCACUAGCAGUGGCCUUGAACUUGAGAACAUUCCUCCGGCUUCAGCCCCACAGCAAUGGGAAAGUGGGCCUCAGCUUACCAAACAUUGGCGUUAGGAGGGCCUGGGAUGUGGCCAGCCUUCAGCUGCUGGACACCAGCUUUCUGGGGCACGGUGACGGUGCGGUGCUCACCCCGGAGCACGUGGAGAAGCUGAAGGAGGUGGCGGGCUUCCCCGAGGACUGCGUGGACCCCGAGCGCCUGGCCGUGCUGGCUUUCCUCUAUUUGUACCUGUCUAUCUGCCGGGGUCAGAGAGCCCUGCCCAGUCUGGACAUCACUGUGUGGUCGGAGCUGCCCACCGGGGCCGGCCUGGGCUCCAGUGCCGCCUACUCCGUGUGUUUGGCAGCCGCCCUCCUGACCGCGUGUGAGGAGAUCCCAAACCCGCUGAAGGAUGGGGAGGCUGCCAGCAGGUGGACCGAGCAGAACUUGGAGUUAAUUAACAAGUGGGCCUUCCAAGGGGAGAGGGUGAUUCACGGGAACCCGUCCGGAGUGGACAACGCCGUCAGCACCUGGGGAGGAGCGCUCCGAUACCAACAAGGGAAGAUUUCAUCUUUAAAGAGGCCACCAGCUCUGAAGAUCCUGCUGAUCAACACCAAAGUGCCUCGCAGCACCAAGGCCCUGGUGGCCAACGUCAGGAGCCGGCUGCUGAAGUUCCCAGAGAUUGUGGCCCCUCUCCUGACCUCCAUAGACGCCAUCUCCCUGGAGUGUGAGCGGGUGCUGGGGGAGAUGGCAGCGGCCCCCACCCCGGAGCACUACCUCGUGCUGGAGGAGCUCAUUGACAUGAACCAGCACCAUCUGAAUGCCCUCGGUGUGGGCCAUGCCUCGCUGGACCAGCUGUGCCAGGUGACCACGGCCCACGGACUGCACAGCAAGCUCACUGGCGCAGGCGGUGGGGGCUGUGGCAUCACACUCCUCAGGCCAGAUCUGCCACGGCCGGAGGUAGAGGCCGCGAAGCGGGCGCUGAGAGACUGUGGCUUUGACUGCUGGGAAACGAGCAUUGGCGCCCCUGGUGUGUCUGUUCACACGGCCGCCUCCCUGGACGCCUCUGUCCAGCACGCUCUGGACAGCCUCUGA